AUGAUUCGACCUUACUUGGAGCUUAUGCGAAUUCAUAAGCCCGCUGGUGGACUAUUGUUCUUCUGGCCGAUGAUCUGGGGAUUGGGAAUGGCUUCGUAUACUAGCAGAACACCUUUCGUCGAGAUCCUACCACUACUGCUGAAGACUGUCUUCGGAGCCUUCAUCAUACGGAGCCCAGCAUGCACAGUGAACGAUAUCUUUGAUCGGAAGUUCGAUGCUGCAGUCGAGAGAACGAAGGGAAGGCCGAUGGCCUCCGGUCGAGUUUCAGUCUUCUCUGCAACGGUAUUCUUGUUGCUACAGUACCUGAUUGGCGUUCUGUUCUUCUCGACCCUCCGAAUUAUUCAAUUUCUGAAUUUUUUCCUCAGGUUUAUCAUAUACCCGUUGAUUAAACGAGUUUCAUACUGGCCACAAGCAUGGUUGGCUAUCGGUGUGAACGUAGGAUUCAUACAAUCUUGGUACCAAAUCGAUAAUGAUCUCGAGAAGCUACCCAGCGCAAUUUGGCUAAUGUUCACCGGCAUGUUUUGCUGGACCAUGAUGUAUGACACUGUAUAUGGGUGCCAGGACAGAAAGGAUGACAUUAAGGUUGGCGUUUGGUCAACCUCCUUGUUCUUCGGAGAUUAUGUGUGGUAUGCGGCAGCCAUUUUUGAUGCCGCUUUCGUCCUAUGUCUUUAUUAUGCCGGAGUCGCCAACGGCCAUGGCACACCAUAUUUCGUUGUUUCUGUCGGAGGGACCGCAGUGCAGCUUCUAUAUCAGCUUAUGAUCCUGGAUGUUGACUCGACUCAAAGUUGCUGGGAAAACUUCAAGAACAAUGCGUUCAUUCUUGGGCCCCUCGUGUUCGCCGGCAUAAUGGCAGACUAUGCUCGGGUUUUGCGGGCUUAG